GUGCUGCCCAGUGAAUAGGAGCAGGCUGCUGGUUGCAGCCUAGGCCCGGCCGGGGGGCCGCCCCGCUCCUUUCCCAUUGGAGUUCAUGGACGGAGUGAAACAAGAUGGCGGCGCCCAGCUAGAGCCGAUCAUGGCGGAUGCCUCAAGGUGCAAGCACAGAAAACAGGCGAACCCGAGGAGAAAACACGCCAAAGGACAGAUAACAAUGAGUGAAGAUCCAAAUGGCUAUGCUAAAGAAAUUGAUGAAGAGUAUGUAAAGAAAGAACAAGUUUUUCAGGAUGAAAAACAUGAAGAUGAAAUGAGAGAAGAUACCAUAACCACAUUUGACCAAGCAACAAGCCUUCAAAAUGAGACCAAACAAGAAGUUGACAGUGUAGAUGACAGCCAAAUACAAAGCUGUGAACAGAUGCAGGGUUUUAUUCAUGACUCAUCAAAGGCUGCUGGACUACAGUUAUUUCAUUUAAAUCAAAAUGAGAAACAGCAAGUAUUGCCAACUACAUUUGGUCAACAUACACAAGAGAAGCAUGCUGGAAUGACAGAUGGGCCUAACAGUGUACAUAAGGACAAAGAUACACAAGGACCUUCGUCCACUAUGACUUACCAGAAGAAAAGUUUGUCAACCAAAGGCCAUUUUAGAACCAUUGCUCCAAAAGUUAUUCCAUCACAAAUAGCAGUAUCUGCUUCUUCAAUGGUACCUCAUUCCACCAUGAGUGGCAUUUCUUGUGGAUCCACUAUUACAUCAGAUAUUCAGACAAACACAUAUCCAACAAAGAAUGCAAAGCCCAUAAUCAUGCCAGCUCGGAGCUAUGCAUUGAUGCCUAUUGCUGGCAAAGAGGGAACUUACUCACUUGUAGCCCUACCACAGGUUGCUGCAGCCACUCCACAAGUAUCUUCAAAGGUCACAAAAUCAGUCACAGGCUGUUGUACUAGCCAGGCACCGGUUUCUCAAGCCAUCGGUAGAACAUCAGUUGUAGCAUUUGGGCAGACUGCACCUCCUGUUGCUGCCACAGAAAAAUUGAAGUUACCAAUUCCACGCUAUCAGUCCGUGUGGGCCAAACCAGCUGUGAAGCAGGGAACGUUCUCAAAACUGGCAGUCGUGAAACCAAGUAAUCUUCAGUGUCAAUCAUGUAUGCCAGGAGCAACAUCAAUACAGGUUCAACCAUCCACUGUGCCCAGCCAUUCAAGCAUUCAUUCAAAUAUGGUAGCAUCUAAAACUGGAUUGUUGCUUGAUGUGGACAAAGCAGGGCGUGUGUCUGCUGACAUCACAGUUCCUGCAACACUUUCCCAGGAUACAAAUAUAAUGCUUCAACAUUCUUCCCCAUCCAAGUGUGAUGUAUUGAAAAACAACGAAACAACUGAAGUGGACAGACCCAUGCCACAGCCUGGAGAAGCAAAAUUCUUUUCUCAGCCCAGCCUGGAUUCACUGUCAGUAACAUGCAGCGUUUCAACAUGGCCUGUUGUCCAAACUGACCGACAAUCCCCACUUGUCACUAAAUGUACCGGACCGGUUGGUUCAGUGCCACUAAUGCAGUUUGGAAAUUCGGUUCAGUUUAUUGCACCUACUCCGGCACCAAAAGGCAAAGUUCCUAUUUUACCAUACUCGCGAAUGAAAAACACCAUUUUUCACAAUCCCAAACAAAAUCAAACUACUUCUGUUACGUUAUCUACCCAAUUGAAGGCAGGGAUCCCCGCUGCAAUGUCAGUUAAUAAUCAGUCUAAAGCUGCUGAAAUGUCUAAGAAUAUCUGUAUGGCUUCUGAUUUUCACAGAGACAGUGCUAAUAAACCAGAUAGUCCAUUACCAUUUAUACCAACCAGCAGUAGCAAUGCAUGUAUAUCAAAAAAAGGGAUUGUAGAUCAACUAAAGAAGCCAAACAGCAAUGUACUGAAACACAGAUUAGUAAGUAAAAGGAAGAUGACAGAUAAUGUACCCAUUUCCAAAGUGAAAAGAUUUAAGACCUGUAAUCUCUUGAGCAGAAUGCAGGAAGAUGAAGAAAAGAUAAAAGCCAAUUUUUCUCCUCAAGACUGUGGAAGUUUCAAAGUGAACAUGAAAACCAUAACAAAUGAAAACUCAGACAAAACAGCAGAAGUGCUGAAGAAAUUUUGUAACAUUAUGCCCAAGCCUGUUGCAGUUACACAGGCUGUAGCUCCAUUAGCGUUAUCUGGAAGGAUGUUUUCAAUCCAGAAUCUUGCUAGUUUAAAACCAGAGACUGCACUAAGUGAUGCAACAAUCAGCAAAACAGCUAACUUGGUGCAAGUUGCCAGUACAUCUGGCUAUUACAGAAACUUACCUGAUCAGUUGGUCUUGGAUGAACAAGAAUAUAAAUGCCACGUUUGUAAUCGAGGCUUUCAGCUUAAACAUCACCUUCAGGAUCAUUUGAAUAUUCAUUCCAAGAGCAGGCCUUACUGCUGUCGUGUUUGCCACAAGGCCUACAGUCAUUCAGGCAGCCUGAGCACUCACAUGAAAAGGUGCCAUAGUGAAGUACAGCGUAAGAAGCUCAUGUGCUGUGAGUUUUGUGCAAAGCUCUUUGGACAUAUUGGAGUCUAUCUUUUUCAUCUAAAAGAAAUUCACAAGGUUUUAAUCAGCAAUGAGCAUUCCAAUGAUUCACUUCUGCCAAAUAAGAGUAAUGGAGACAGAAAGGAAGGAAUGCUGGGAGCUGCACAUCAUCUGCCCCUAUCAAACAGAAAGCAGACUGAGGAUAAUCAAUUGCAAGCUGAAGUGGUUGGCCUCAGCACCUUGCAAAUAAAAUGUGCUCGUUGCCAAGUUGUCACCCCCACCUUUGUUGAUAUGAAACUUCACCUGUUAUGUGCCCAUGAGGAGGAGUUGCAGCUGAGGGUAGAAGAGAGAUCUGUAAAUGAUAAAAGUAGAUGCGUCAGUGGAUUUCCGAUUUACUCAAGCAUGGAAGCUGAACAAGAACUGCUCAAGCAUGCAGCAAACUACUGGAAACAACUUGGUGAGAAAAAAAGUUUGGUCAGGUGUGGUAUUUGUGAAGAAGCUUUCCAAUCUUGUUUUAAAUUGAAGAAGCACAUGAGUUUGCAUUAUAAACAGCAGCUCCAUUCAGGUGCUGUGGAUUCAAAUACAGUUGCUCAGGCUAAUAAAAUUCAGUUCAUUACAAAUUUAGGGUUUAAUUGUAUUUUAUGUAAACAGAACUAUGGAAGCAAAUCUGAACUUUUCAGGCACUGGCAAAGUUACCACAAGUGCAAGGACCCUGCUAUUCUGUGGACAGUCUUCAGUUCAUUGAAUGUACAUUGCACAGUUGAUGAGGAACUGCCCAAUGUUUCACCAGAACGCACUGCUGUCAGCACUGAACCGUUCUGCAGGCAUAUUGUUGAUUCAGCAUCGCAGUAUGAACUACAUAACAGGGAAAGGAUUGUCGAUGAGUGCAAGGUGCACUUGAGCAACUGCACUGGUGAAGCAGAAGGCAGUCUUGAUUAUUGCCACUUAACAUGUCCAUUCUGCUUGAAGACCUUCUACUGCGUGAACUGGAAAGGUAACAGUGGCAAAGAAGUUGUCUUUCAGCAAGAGGAUCUCAUGCAUCAGUGCCCAAAGUGCCUACUAAAGUUCUCAUUAACUGCUAAAGGUCUUGGAGCUCAAGUACUCUGUACUUCAUCCAAACAUUGUGAUUAACAUACCAGUGCUUCAGGAACUUAAUAUAUCUUUCUGAGGUGAGUUGGUAGCCAGUGUAAAAUACUGAAAUUGGACUGCGACAUGUUAAUUAAUUCAAAAUAUAUGUUUCUCAUGUAUGUUCAGGUGAAACAAUGUCCUUCUAAUUGAGAAAUGCUUGUCUGGUUGUGAGAUUGUACAUUUUCUUUCAAAUAAAACUGUCUUGGAAUCUUGUAAUAUGAAGGUGCAUGGUAAAGUUCAGCAUGUUAUAAGGAAAUGGUUUGAAUAGAAAGUAGAAAAUUAAACAAAAAAAGCGAUCUACUGAAACGUAUUUCGGCAUAUAAUUAAAAUCUGAAAUGGUGUUGUGGAGACUAAUGCAGUCUCUUUAGUUAUGAGGAUUAGCAGUCAAUGAUACUGCUGGGAACAACAAUGCACCUUGCUUCUGUGGCAAAUGUAUAACUCAAAUACUGAAAUUAAAAUGUAAAUAUUUGUUAA